ACAGAAAUGUAUUACUAGUUGCAAAUCUUUACUGGAAAUAGCUUCAUAAGCAGAAGGUUCCAAAGAAUAAACCAGUUGUAGCACACUAGCACAGUAGCACUGCCACCUCCCAGUAAACAGCAGGGUCUCUGAUGAGCAAUGUACUAGUUAAUUAGCCAGGGCCUGAAAGCCUGCAAAUGCCUGCACACACAGGUAGGGAAUGUAAGAUGAAGCAUGUAGUACUUUACCAACUAAUCUAAUGGGCUGCCACAAAGUGAAAAACAAUAGUUAAUUAAUCAAUCAAGCAGAGGUAGAUCAGAUUAGAAUGGCCAAAGGCAGGGCCUGGAGAGAAAGCCCAUGGCUUUGAGCAGCACAUUCCCUCCAUGUUCCAUGUUCUCAUGUCCCAUCCUCUUCCUCCUCCGGACACCUCACAUCUGCUCACUGGGUGCAUGAGGUGUUCUGCAAAUUGCCCAUGUUGGAAAAUGCCAAGCAGGUUUAGUUUAGUGGCGUGUAUAUAAUAUGCUGUGAUCCUCCUCCUCCUCCUUGUAGAACAACAAACCAUGUGACCCGUCGUAUAAAGUUUCCGGUGAUAUCUUGGCUGGCUCCAGACUCUGCUCCUCCUCCUCGUCUUCGAUCUUCUUCCUCCCGCGGAUGCGAGCAGGUGGAGCAGAGGAGACACUGCACUGACAAUGGCAGAGCACUAGAAGCAGCAGCAGAGAGCUGGGCUGAGCUGAGCUGAGCUAGCGGGAGUGAUAUAUUUUUCCUGUGGUGGAUUCUGCGCUGGCAAUGGCGGCGAGAGUGGCGGUGCUGGUGGUGGCGGCACUGGCUGUCGUCUUGUCCGGCGGCGGCAAUGUCGGCGCGGCCGGUGGUGGUGGCGGCGGCGAGCGGGGCGCGCUGCUGGCGCUCAAGGCGGGCUUCGUGGACCCGCUGGGUGUGCUGGCGGACUGGAAGGCUGCCGGCUCGCCGCAUUGCAAGUGGGCCGGCGUCCGGUGCAACGCCGCCGGCCUCGUCGACGGGCUCGACCUCGCCGGGAGGAACCUGAGCGGCAAGGUAUCCGCGGACCUGCUCCAGCUGCCGGCGCUGGCGGUGCUCAACCUCUCCUCCAACGCCUUCGCCGCCGCGCUGCCCAGGUCGCUCGCGCCGCUGUCGGGCCUGCAGGUGUUCGACGUCAGCCAGAACUCCUUCGAGGGCGCCUUCCCCGCCGGCCUGGGGUCGUGCGCGGGCCUCGUCGCCGUCAACGGCUCCGGCAACAACUUCGUCGGCGCCCUCCCGGCGGACCUCGCGAACGCCACGUCGCUGGAGAGCAUCGACAUGCGCGGGGACUUCUUCAGCGGCGGCAUCCCCGCGGCGUACCGGAGCCUCACCAGGCUCAGGUUCCUCGGCCUCUCCGGCAACAACAUCGGCGGCAGGAUCCCGCCGGAGCUCGGCGAGCUCGAGUCGCUCGAGAGCCUCAUCAUCGGGUACAAUGAGCUGGAGGGGCCCAUCCCGCCGGAGCUCGGCAACCUGGCCAACCUCCAGGACCUCGACCUCGCCAUCGGCAACCUCGACGGCCCCAUCCCGCCGGAGAUCGGGAGGCUUCCGGCGCUCACCUCGCUUUUCCUUUACAAGAACAGUCUCGAGGGCAGGAUACCGCCGGAGCUCGGCAACGCCUCCUCGCUCGUCUUCCUCGACCUCUCCGACAACCUGCUCACCGGCCCGAUCCCCGCCGAGGUGGCGCAGCUGAGCAACCUCCAGCUGCUCAACCUCAUGUGCAACCACCUCGACGGCGCUGUGCCCGCGGCCAUCGGCGACAUGAAGAAGCUCGAGGUGCUCGAGCUGUGGAAUAACUCAUUGACGGGUGCCCUCCCGGCGUCGCUCGGCCGGAGCUCGCCGCUGCAGUGGGUGGAUGUCUCGUCGAACGCCUUGACCGGUGAGAUACCCGCCGGGAUCUGCGACGGCAAGGCGCUGGCCAAGCUGAUCAUGUUCAGCAACGGCUUCUCCGGCGAGAUCCCCGCCGGGGUCGCGUCGUGUGCGUCGCUGGUGCGCCUGCGCGCGCAGGGCAACCGUCUCAACGGCACGAUUCCAGCCGGGUUCGGGAAGCUGCCGCUGCUUCAGCGGCUCGAGCUCGCCGGCAACGAGCUCUCCGGCGAGAUCCCCGGCGCCCUGGCGUCGUCGGCGUCGCUGUCGUUCAUCGACGUCUCGCGCAACCGCCUCCAGGGAUCGCUGCCUUCGAGCCUCUUCGCCAUCCCGGGCUUGCAGAGCUUCAUGGCGGCGGGCAACAUGAUCACCGGCGAGCUCCCCGACCAGUUCCAGGACUGCCUCGCGCUGGGAGCGCUGGACUUGUCGGGAAACCGCCUCCUCGGCAAGAUCCCGUCGAGCCUCGCCUCGUGCGCAAGGCUGGUCAACCUGAACCUCCGGCAGAACGGGCUCACCGGCGAGAUACCGCCGGCGCUGGCCAAGAUGCCGGCGCUCGCUAUUCUUGAUCUGUCGAGCAACUUCUUGACCGGGGGCAUACCGGACAACUUCGGGGGCUCGCCGGCGCUCGAGACGCUCAACCUGGCGUACAACAACCUCACCGGGCCAGUGCCGGGGAACGGAGUCCUGCGCACGAUCAACCCCGACGAGCUGGCCGGCAACGCCGGGCUGUGCGGUGGCGUGCUCCCGCCGUGCUCCGGGAGCCACGUCGCCGGUCUGUCCCGCGCGCGCGGGGGCAGCGGAGCGCGCCUCAAGCACGUCGCGGUGGGGUGGCUCGUGGGGAUGGUCGUCGUGAUCGCCGCGUUCACGGCCCUGUUCGGCGGCUGGCACGCGUACCGCCGGUGGUACGCCGUCGGCGGAGCCGGGGAGUACGAGUCCGGGGCGUGGCCGUGGCGGCUGACGGCGUUCCAGCGGCUGGGGUUCACGUGCGCCGACGUUCUCGCGUGCGUCAAGGAGGCGAACGUGGUGGGCAUGGGCGCCACCGGCGUCGUGUACAAGGCCGAGCUCCCGCGGGCCCGCACCGUGAUCGCUGUCAAGAAGCUCUGGCGCCCGGCGGCGACGGACGGCGACGCGGUGCGCAACCUCACCGACGACGUGCUCAAGGAAGUGGGCCUCCUCGGCCGGCUCCGGCACCGGAACAUCGUCCGGCUGCUCGGGUACAUGCACAACGACGCGGACGCCAUGAUGCUGUACGAGUUCAUGCCCAACGGCAGCCUGUGGGAGGCGCUGCACGGCGGGGCGCCGGAGUCGAGGACGAUGCUGACGGACUGGGUGUCCCGGUACGACGUGGCCGCCGGCGUGGCGCAGGGGCUCGCGUACCUCCACCACGACUGCCACCCGCCGGUGCUCCACCGCGACAUCAAGUCCAACAACAUCCUGCUCGACGCCGACAUGCAGGCCCGCGUCGCCGACUUCGGCCUCGCCCGCGCGCUUGGCCGCUCCGGCGAGUCCGUCUCCGUCGUCGCCGGCUCCUACGGCUACAUCGCGCCCGAGUACGGGUACACGCUCAAGGUGGACCAGAAGAGCGACAUCUACAGCUACGGGGUGGUGCUCAUGGAGCUCAUCACGGGGCGGAGGCCCGUGGAGACGGCGGCGUUCGGGGAGGGGCAGGACGUCGUCGGCUGGGUCAGGGAGAAGAUCCGGAGCAACACCGUGGAGGAGCACCUCGACCCGCUCGUCGGCGGCGGCUGCGCGCACGUCCGGGAGGAGAUGCUGCUCGUGCUCCGCAUCGCCGUGCUCUGCACCGCCAAGCUGCCCAGGGACAGGCCCUCCAUGCGCGACGUGCUCACCAUGCUCGGAGAGGCCAAGCCGCGGCGCAAGAGCGGGAGCUCCGCCACCGCCGGCAAUGUCGCUGCCGUGGCCGUGGCCGCGCCCGUUGUUGACAAGGACAGGCCGGUUUUCAGCACGACGCCGGACUCCGUCUGAUGGAAUGAUUUUUUUCCCCUUUUGUAUGUAGAUUUUUUUCUCCUUGAUUAAUUAAUUAAUUUUGAGAUUUGUAUAAGCAACCGUUUGAUGUAUCAGGAUUAAUAUCUAGGCACAUAGAUAAACCAUGUAAAUUAUUAAUGUAUAAUAAGAAGGCCAAUAAGCACUGCUAUUCAUGGAAGUACGUACAGUAGUACAAAAGGAUGAAGA